GCGGUGUGGCGGGUGGCGUGACGAGCGGCGCUCCUGCCAUGGCACUCAUGGCACCCCCGGGAGACACACACAUGGACUUCUCCCCGCUGGACGUGAAGGUGAAGCACGAGGUGGAGCCGGUGUGCCCCGGCUACCCCGGCCUCCACAUCGGCACAGAGUACACGUCGUCGCUCACGACGCUGCACAAGUCGAUCGACAACCUGACGCGCACCACGCUGGCGCCGGCCCCGAAGCCGGAGCCGGAGCCGUCGGAACCGGACGCCGGCAAGCACGCCGAUCCCAACACCAAGCCGCCGUACAGCUACGUGGCCCUCAUCACCAUGGCCAUCAAGAAGUCGGUGGAGAAGCGGCUGACGCUGUCCGAGAUCUACCAGUUCAUCAUGGACAACUUCCCCUACUACCAGAAGAACCAGAAGGGUUGGCAGAACUCGAUCCGGCACAACCUCAGCCUCAACGAGUGUUUUGUGAAAAUCCCGCGAGAGGGAGGCGGCGAGCGAAAGGGCAACUUUUGGGCUAUCGACCCUCACUACGAGGACAACAUGUUCGAGAACGGCAAACUUCCGUCGGCGCCGGCGGAUGAAGCGACCGUACCGGCCAUCCACCUUCCCACGACCACUCAUCGGCGACAGCUGGUCACCCCUGCUACGUUCUCGCCGUUCGCGCCGCUCUCCUCGCAGCUGCCGCCCGUAGGACCAAUCCAGCCCAUGCCGCUGUCGCCUAUGGACGCGUACGCCCCCCUCACAUCGCAGUUCAACACGGUCACAGCGCCCAGCGCCAGCCCCGUGUUCAGCGCCAGCUCCGGGUUCAGCUCGUUCCAGCGCCAGCCGGACGUGGUGCCGUCCCCGCUGCCGCGCUACCCGCGCCCCUACUGA